GGGCAGGUCGGCCUGCUUCGGUCACGUGACACGUAACGUAGUAACCGGUAAGCUUCCGGUGGCGCGGAUGCAUUUUCUUUUCGCGGUGGUAAUAGUCAGACUUGUUAUAAUUACUGGGACAGUUUUGACGCAGCAAAAUGCCGGGGAAACAGCAGUUUAAACCAGGCGACCUCGUGUUCGCCAAAAUGAAGGGCUACCCUCACUGGCCUGCCAGGGUCUGUAAAUUGGAUGAGCCACACAAGAAGCGACUUGGUGUCUUCUUUUUCGGGACCCAUCAGAUAGGUCACCUCCUGCCGGAAAAUCUGAUCCCAUUCUCUGGGAAUAAGUUGAAGUACGGCACCGGCGUUCGACUUAAAGGCUUCUCCGAGGGCAUGUGGGAGAUCCAGAACACACCCGGAAUCGGCAAGAAAUCCACAUUUGCAGCUAAAAGUCCACCUGCGAAACCAGUAGCCACUUCGAAAACAACCUGCGCAGCCGCAAUACCGGCUGCCGCAGUCAAAAGCUCGCCCGGAGGCGCCGAUGCAAACGUCGCUGCUGUGAAAACGUCUUCGGAGGCGGCUAGCCGCGCCGGCAGCACCUUGCUCCUGAAGGAGUGUGUGGUCAAAUGCGGCCCGGCCAAGACUCUGCACGAUCACCUGAGCGGCGCCAACGAGUUGGCGAGCGCGAGCCAGCCGGCGAGCGCUGUGACCGCAUCCGACAGCGGGACAAAAAGUGAGCUGGUGACAAAAACUCUGAGAAGAUCUUCAUUCAGGUCAUCCGCGCAAGUGCAACUGGAGGAAAAGAAAAUAGAUACUCAAACCCGACAGGAAGCCUCCAUGGUCAAAGGUGGCGUGGCGGGACAGACGCCAGGAUCGACGCCACGGAGACGAGGAUGGCCGCAGAGACGAGGACGGCCGAGGAACAUCCCGGCAGAAACCAAGAGCGACGUACUGCAGGCCAAAGAAAGCCAGACGGCGCCGAGCGGCGCGCAUGUGACCGCUAGCACGCUGCGACUGAAGCCCUGCGUGGUCAAAUGCAUCCCCGCAAAGACCCCGGACACUCACAAGUCGGCCAGCGAGCCGGCCAGGCCGUCUGCAGGGACGCCAGCGGGUGACCUCGCAACUGCACAGGAAGCUUCGGCGCCCGUGGUGAAGAGGAAGCCGGGACGGCCGAGGAAAAUCUGGAGAGAGAAGAGCCAGGUUGCAGUUGAGCCAUCAAAAAGGACACACGACUUCCCGUCUCCCGCCAGCGCAAACACACCAGCCGACUCCCACGGUGCAGCGCCUGCUCCCAAAAUGGCCGAUCAGGCCCAACCUGCCGCCACGCAAACGUCCGGCAUCGACGACGGCGGUAAAGAUGAGCGGGAUGCUAAGAUGGAGAAGUUGACACCUGGCCGCCGAGGAGGGAAGAGGAAGAAAAAAGAGGAGGCGGAGCAGGAAGGAGGCGAGAAAGGAAGGACAAAGAUGAUGCCGGAGGUGUCGACAGCGCGCAGAGGGGGGAAGAAAAUGAGAGUCGACGGGGAAAAGCAGGCAGGAGCCGAGAAGGGAAAGGCGGAGGUGGCGACCGAGGAGUCCACGUUAAGCCGAGGAGGGAAGCGGAAGAGAAAGGAGACCAAGCAGGAAGGUGAGCUAGAAAAGACGCUACCGAGCCGAGAAGGAAAGAAAAAAGUCGGGGGAAAGGAGGAGACCGAGCAGAAGAGCGACAAAGAAGGGAAGACGGCGACGGCGGAGGAGGCGGCGGCGGCGGAGGAGACGACACCGAGUCGGAGAAAAAGAGAUGACGCCCAGCAAGAAAAGAUUGAGGCCAUCGCGGAGGAGACGUCGCCUAGUCAAGAAGACCAGGCAAAGGCCAAAGAAGGAAAAAAGGAGCAGACCAAACGGGAAGGAAAGACAGAGGCCAUGCAGUCGCAACCUAGCCGAGGAGGAAAGAGAAAGGAGGAGACCGAGCAGAAGAGAAGCGCAGACGCAAGAACGGAGGCCACGGCCGAGGAAGCGUCUGGCCGAGAAGGGAAGACAAAACGUAAAGCGAGGGAAGACACCAAGCAGAUGGGAGGUGAGGAAGGAAAGGCGGUGUUGACCACGCACGAGACGGCGCCUCGCCCAGGCGAGAAGUCAAAGACAAAAGAAGCCAGAAAGGAGGAGGCCAAGCGAGGUGGAGGAGAAAGGCUAGCAAAGACGCAGGGUGAUCCGGCACCUAGCCAAGAAGACGGGACACAAACAAACCAAAGGGAGGAGAACAAGCGGUCAGGCGACGAGGAAGCAAAGACCAGGGCGACGGCCGAGGACUCCACGCUCAGCUCAGAAGAGAAGACAAAUGAAGGCAAAAAGGAAGAGACCAAGCAGGUAGGAGACGAGGAAGGAAAGGCAACGGCGGAGGAGGGCUCGACACUCGGAGAGAAGACAAAAGAAGGGGGAAAGGAAAGGAACAAGAACUUAGGAGAUGAGGAAGGACAGACAACGGCGCAGGGCUCCACACUUGGGGAGAAGACAAAAGAAGGGGGAAAGGAAGAGACCGAGCAGUCGGAUGGCAAGGAAGGAAAACCGCAAGAGUCAACAGCCAGCCCACAAGGCCACCAAAGCGACCAGACCAAGCAGUUAGGAGACGAGGAAGGAAAGACAAAGGCCACGACGGAGGAGUCCAUGCCUGGCCGAGACGGGAGGACAAAAAGAAAAGAACGGGAGGAGGCCAAGCACACCAAGGUGACCACUGACGAGUUCAGGCCUAGCCGAGGAGACCAGGCAAAGGCAAAAGAAGGGAAAAAGGAGGAGAGCAAGGAAGGAAAGACAAAGGCGAGGACAGAGGAGUCAAGAUCCAGCCACGAAGAAGGCGAAAAAGAGGAGACCAAGCCGACGGGAGGCAAAGAAGGAAAGACCGAGAGGACCGCGACGGAGGAGUCCACGUUGAGCCGAGAAGGAAAGAUGAAGACAAGAGGAUACAAAGAGGAGGAGGAGAACAAGCCGGUGGGAGGCCGGGAAGGAAAGACAAAGGUGACUUCAGAGGAGUCCGCCCUUUGCCCAGGAGAGAAGGCAAAGACAAAAGAAGGCCAAAAAGAUGUGGCCAAGCAGACGCCAGGAAAGGAAGCCAAGACCACAGAGGAGUCCACGGUGAGCCGAAGAGGAGGCCAAAAGGAUGACGACAAGCAGGAAGGAAAGACAAAGGCGACCGCGGAGGAGGAGGCGAGCCGAGGAGACAAGAGGAAACGAAAAGAAGGCCAAAGGGAGAAGACCAAACAGGAGGGAGGCCAGAAAGCAAAGCCGGAGUUGCCGGCAGAGGAGUCCACGCCCGGCCCAGGAGGAAGGAAGAGGCAGAGAAGACCAGUUGAAAAAGACCAGAGCAAGCGCCUAGGACACCCGGGAGGCAAGCCCGAGGUCACGGCGGCGGCCGGGAAAAGCAGGCCGCCCGAAGAGCGACGCGGGAAGGUGACCAGAGCCGACGCCCGGCGAGACGCCCGCCAGGGAGCCGAUCGAGAGAACUGCAAAAGCCAGAGCGAGCCCAGGAUGCACCAGGAAACCAGAGGAGAGAAGAAGAGCAGGUCGAGGAAAGCAGCCGCGGCCAUGGAGCAAAGCGACGCCGCGGAAGAAGAGCAGCAGCGGCGGCGGUGGCGGCUGGCGGCCAAGCGGGAGAGCGUCCUCAAGUCGCUGCGAGGUCUGCUCAAGGCCAGCAGGGGCGCCAAGCGCAGGGACGCCGGCACCAAGAGCUUCACGAAGGCCGCCAUCAGAGCCAAGGCCAAGCGGCCGCGGGGCCACACGCUCAAAGAAUCCAACGCCAGAAAGAAGAUGACGCAGCCGCCCGCGACGGCGAGUCCACCCGUCGCGGAACAUACAAACACCACGGCCAAACAAAGCGACGGCAAGGUCAAAGACAGUCGGCCGCCGUCGGAGGACGAGCUCCAGAAGAAAGAUGCCAAGAAGUUGAUUGGCAAAAUUGUGAAAGCAACCACCAAGGUUCAGGUGAAGACCAUGAUGGGCGGAGCCACGGUGGCGCCGCCGGAGGAGGAGGAGGAGAAGGCGGCGGCCACCGCCGCAAACACCGAGAGGACGGCGGACCUAAGCGACGAAGAGGAGAGGAAGCCGCACCGAGUCUGGACGGAGGACGAGAAAGACGUCGCAAAGGCUGCGGGCAAGAGGCAACGCCAUGAGCCGCCGCCGCACAAGGACGCCAAGCAGCAAAGUGGCGGCAGGAGCCGCAAAGCCAACGUGCACGACAAUCAGCGUUGCGACUCCGGAGAGAAUCACCAGCAGCACAAGAACAACGUGAACUUGACGCCCACCGAUUCCACCCUGCACAGAAUCCACGGAGACAUCCGCAUCUCGCUCAAAAGCGACAACCCGGAUGUUGCCAAGUGUCUGGCGGCGUUGGAUCAGCUCAGCGGCGUCUACGUAACGUCACAGCACGUCCACAGACACAGCGAGCUCAUCUCCACUCUCAGGAAGAUGCGCUUCUACCGCGCCAACCAGGACAUCAUGGACAAGGCGGCCAUGUUGUACAACCGCUUCAAGAACGCCUUCCUCCUCGGCGAGGGCGAGGAGGUUGUGAGCGCCGCCUUCCUGCGCUCGCUGCUGAAGGAGAAGGAACGUGAGGAGGUGCAGCGCUGCAAGAAGGAAAAGGCGGCGGGAGGCGAGAAGGACGACGGAUGCCAGGCGCCUUCAGCGGACUAGCUUCUGGCGGAUGGGACCGACACACGUCCGCCCGAUUCCCACGGAAAGCUCGCUCGAAGGCAAACGAGAUGUUGCUCUUGAUCGGACCUUUGUAUUGAUUCACCUUAGCCGCCGCACUCUGUUUCCGUUGGCGCUUGAACCUAAAGCGCCACGUUUUUACUUUUCGCCCCGUCUCUGCAGUGCGUUGUACGGGAAGCCGGAAUGACACAGUUCAAUUGAAUGUAGUUG